UAUUGCUGGUGAUUGAAACAAUAAGUUCAGCGAAACAAAAUGGAAAAGAAUAGGAAGGGGCCAACAAUGGGCCGCGUGGUUGACGAUUUGGAUUGCAGCACACCAUCUCAGUUGGAAUGUUCGGGAAUGUCUAUCGGGCACAGUGACAGUGCGUGUUUAAUUGAUCCGACCGAGAUCAAACAAGAGACAUGCAUCAAAGAAGAAGAUCCAGACUCUGUUGGGCAUUUAAUCGACGUUCCCGUAGCGAACGACAAUGGAUCUCAGCAAUUUCAUAACCUCAAUGAGCAUGAUGGUGAAGAUGAUUCCGCACUUUUGGGCGUCGAUGAUGUGAAAAUUGAACCGAAACAAGAAAUCGAUUGCAAGAAGGAAAAAGAAACGAAAACAAAUGCUGAUUCGCGAGAAGAUGCGGCACAAGCGCAACAAAAUCAACAACCACAACCAGACAAUGGAGGUAAUCCAAUGGGCAACAGCAUUCCGAAAAAUAAUCGAAAAGCACAUAAAUGUGAUCUUUGCGAAUAUUCAACCAAGUACAGGUCACAUUUAAAAAGGCAUUUGCGUACCAAUGAAAAGCCAUAUGGUUGCAAAUACUGUGCAAAACA